GAGAUAACUCUUUUGAACACGACAAUUAACAUAAUCACAUCCUCUGGUUUUGAUUUCCAUAAACCAGAGGAACAAAAAGAUUUUUUGUUUUUGUUUUUUGGUUAUGGCAUGAUCUUUUUGUUUCUUAGGUAUAUCAAAAUCCAAAAUACUAAUAAAUAAAUAAUCCUGAAGAAUGCGGGAGGAAGCAGUUGUCCCUGUAUCUGAAGAUAUAAUUGAUGACAUUAUGAGUAGUGAUAAUGAUUCAGAUGAUCAUCUUGAUCAUGACGAAAAUGAACAAAAUAUUUCUGAUGAUCAUCAACCUGGCCAAUUAUUAGCUUUUCCUCUUGACAUUCUUGACCUGAAAUCUUCAAGAAAAAAUGCUUUGCUUAGAUUACGUUGUAGGGUGGAAGAUGCAAUUCUUGGUGGAUACAUUUAUGGUAAAAAUAAAAACAAGUUGUUAUCUGUUAAGAGUAUUACUGAGGAUUUGACAGGUAUUUCAUUAUGGGGUGUUCCUUUAUUGCCUAUUAAAGGGAAUGAGAACACGAACACGGAUAUUGUUUUGAUGAAUUUCUUGAAAGCUAAGGAUUAUGGUGUGUAUGAUUCGUUUAAAAUGUUGCGAAAAACGUUGAGAUGGAGGAGGGAAUUUAGAGUUAAUGAGAUUGUUGAUGAGAAAUUUAGUCCUGAGCUUGAGAAUUUGUGGUAUACAGAUAAUGGUAAGGAUAAGGAAGGAAGGAUAUUGUGUUAUAAUGUGUUUAGGAAUAUCAAGAAUAAAGAAUUGGAAGAGGAAAUUUGGGGUAGGCAUAAUCAUCAUCAUGAGUGUCUUAGAUGGAGGGUACAUAUUAUUGAGAAGGCAAUUCAACAACUUGAAUUUAAACAAGGUGCGGUUAAUUCUGUUUUGAUGAUUACAGAUUUGGGAAAUUCACCAGGAAAUUCUUGGAGAGAGGUUCGUUGGAUUAAUAGAAAGAUGAUGAGCUUGGUUCAUGAUCUUUAUCCUGGACUCAUCUACAAGAAUAUAUUGAUUAAUGUUCCUAUUUGGUUUUCGACGGUCCAUGCACUUAACCUGCGAAUGAUUACGCAAAGAAGCAAGAACACCUUUAUAUUUGUGAAGCCAUCGAAAGUUACAGAAACUCUUCUCAAGUACAUUAGCCCGGAAAACUUAUUGGCUGAAUAUGGCGGACUUAAAAAAGAGAAGGAUGUUGAGUUUUCAACUGAUGACAAAGUUCUAGAGAUAAGCAUCAAACCAUGUUCAGUUGGCUUCAUAAAAAUGCCUGUCAAAGAGGUAGCAUUUGCUCCAAUGCGUAGUUUUCAUUAUGUGAUUCCAUUUCAUUUUAAGUGCAUGUCAAGUAGAGGCAGAUGGAUCCAACUUAACUUAAUAAUGGAGCAUGGAAAACACAUAUAUCAGUAAAAUUUCAACAAAUGCUGAAUUUUGAAAUCUAUAAUUUAAAAAAUACAAUGAAUUGAGUGCUAAGAAUCUUAGAGGUCAUCUGGUUUAUGGUUUAGUUAUGGUGGAUUAUGGUACAGAAAUUGUCUAUUCAGUAAUUAUAAUGCAGGAAUCCUUAUACAAGAAUGUUUAUGUAAGGAUUGUUUAAUUAAGACAUUUUUGUCUUUAGAUACUCUUAUUCGCGCAUAAGUUAUACCAGUUAGCAAGCUUACAUUUGAUCUUGGGUAUUAAACUCUGCGUAAGUUGAUGUCUGGUUUCAACGAUGUAUUAGUUAUGAAGGAUUCUAUACUUGAAACUAGGUGUUGUAUAAGUAAUUCGGAAUUUUACACAGGGAUUAAAUUUCUUAUAUUUCAAACCAAAUGACAGCCCUUACAGGAUCCUCAGUCUUAAAAACUGAAGACUGAUAUCAACCAGUCCAUAAAUUGUUAAAGGUUCCAUAAAAGCUAGACUAAGCAAUAGCGUACCUUAUUUG